GGCCAGGCGAGCGCCGCGCCUGGCUUCCCGGUCAGCCGAGAGCGGAGCGAUGCGCGGCGGGAGGUGGAGCGGCUGGUGCGCAAGGUCCAGGCGAGCGCCGCGCCUGGCUUCCCGGUCAGCCGAGAGCGGAGCGAUGCGCGGCGGGAGGUGGAGCGGCUGGUGCGCGCGGGCGGCGCUUCUGCUUCUUGCGGUAGGCGCCGCGGAGGGGGGUCCCCCGGGAGCGAGUCGUUCGCCCAGGCGGGCAGCGGCUCCGGGGAGGGGGAGACUGAGGAGAGGCGCCCUGGGGCGGCUGGCGCUCCCGGCGUGGGAGCUGGGCGCAAACGAAGCCCGGAGUGGGGUGGGAGCCCGUGGAGCAGGAAGCCCGCCGGCAAAGAGCGUGAGGGGGCUCGUGCGGGUCCUGCUCUCGGGGCGGCAAACCUGCCUCGUGGGGGUCUGCAUCUGAAUCUGUUGGACAGCCUUCGUCCUUUGCGGCGCACAAAAAGAAGAUGGAUCAUUGCCACCCUGGAACUUGAGGAGGAAGACAAAGGCCCAUUCCCCAAAAAUGUUGGAGAGCUCUUCAAUAAUAAAUCGCACGAUAUGACCAUAAAAUAUUUAAUCAGCGGUCCGGGUGUCGAUGAGUAUCCAGAGGCUGGAUUGUUCUCUCUUGGGGAUGAUUCCAGGGGGCUCGUUUAUGUGCACCGUUCCAUCGAUCGAGAGGCCACUCCUUCUUUCCUGGUACGUUUUGAUGUUGCAAGUACAGCUACUGGAGAGAUAGUGGACAGAUCGUUACUCUUCAAUGUUAAGAUUAAAGACAUAAAUGACAAUGCACCGAAGUUUCCCAAGAACGAAUUUAACAUCACUGUGAAAGAAAAUCACCAGAGAGAUGAGCCCAUUUUCCAGGUAGUGGCCUCCGACGCUGAUGAAGAAGGCACAGGCAAUUCUCGAGUGGCGUAUUCCCUUGUGACUGAAACGAAGCAGAGGAAAACUAUGAUUUUUUAAAUCCCCAGCCUAAAUGGGCAUGAAUUAAUGUUCUCAACGUUUCACGUGUUCAAGGGUGCCGGCGCUUUCAAACUUCUGAUCAAGGCUACAGACCACGGAACUCCACAGCUGUCGUCAACAGCGACGAUUAAUAUCGCCAUCGAAGAUUCGAACAACCACCUGCCAGUGUUUACUAAAGAAAAUUAUCAAGUGGAUGUUGCAGAAGGCGAAACGGAAGGUGACAUCCUACGCCUCCGGGUGGAAGAUAAAGACUCUCGCGACACACCUGCUUGGAGAGCAAGAUAUAAGAUAGUGAGAGGGAAUGAAACGGGGAACUUCAUCAUUAAGACAGAUCCGAACACCAAUGACGGGGUCUUAAGCAUCAUAAAGCCUUUGGUUUAUGACGGCACCCCUGGGAGGAGCCUCAUCAUAUCUGUGGAGAACGAAGAACCCUUUUCUUCAUGUGACAGAGGCCGAAUGAGAAGCCUUCAUGUAUCCCCCAAGAACACAGUUGUGAAUGUUACAGUCCUGGACACAAAUGACGCCCCUCAGUUCCACCCUCCAGUCCUUGCUCUUCAGCGAGAGGAAGGGAUGAAGCCUGGGACCCAGCUUGGGCAAUACACAGCGCGGGACCCAGACAGAGUCCCGAAUGCGAUAAGAUAUAAAGUCGCUUUUGACCCGGCGAGCUGGGUGGCUGUUGAAGAACACUCUGGGAUUCUGACGACGACAAAAAUCCUGGACCGAGAAUCUCCCUAUGUGAACAGGAGCACAUACACCAUCCUCAUCCAUGCCAUUGACGAUGGUGUGCCGCCACAGACUGGCACAGGCACCAUCCAGCUUUUCCUGUUUGACAUUAAUGACAAUGCACCAAAGCUCACCACACCGUAUCUGGAAGUCUGUGAGGGAACAGAGAAAGGCCUGUUCCACAUAGAAGCUGAAGACAAAGAUGACUUUCCUCAUGCAGGGCCUUUUACAUUCCACUUGGUGGAGAGCAAGGAGAACACAAAGGAUGUUUGGAAAUUGGGGCAGAAUUCCGGUGUGCCGCCACAGACUGGCACAGGCACCAUCCAGCUUUUCCUGUUUGACAUUAAUGACAAUGCACCAAAGCUCACCACACCGUAUCUGGAAGUCUGUGAGGGAACAGAGAAAGGCCUGUUCCACAUAGAAGCUGAAGACAAAGAUGACUUUCCUCAUGCAGGGCCUUUUACAUUCCACUUGGUGGAGAGCAAGGAGAACACAAAGGAUGUUUGGAAAUUGGGGCAGAAUUCCGCGUCCAAGAACGGCUUGCCUUUCAUUCCAUGUGAAAUGGGAAACCAGUCUCUAAUCCACUACAAUGAAGAAAGCCAACAAGUGCUGUCUCAGGUGAGCAACAAGACCACCAUGCUUCCUAGUUACUUGGAGCAGUGA